AUUGCGUUAUAAAAUCUUACAUAUACCAUUAGAAAUGCACACUAUAAAAUUAUACAACCGCCUCAGAUUUAGUCGAGGAGUUGGCAACGUCGAGUGUGGUGUUCGUGUACAAUCUGUCAGCCAUGUUGCAUCCUGAAAAAAAUGGUGGCUUGACAUCGACAUAAGUCAAUCGUGUUCCCAAUCCCAAUGGACAACACGGGCCUUCUUCAAUGUAUAGGUUUUGUGGUGUAUAUGUUUCGAGUUGUUUUUGUUAAAAAAUCAAAAGUUUAUUCUUUGAUUAUAAUGCCUAAUUGGUAGUGUUAUCUAAUAUUCACAAUAUAUAAAAUGUAUGAUCUUGAAAUACAUAAGUCAAAAUAGGAUGGUACACCAUAAUGAGUGCCUUGCAAAACGUUGAAACCCAGAAAGCCUACAAGUAUUUACAAGAAGUUGAGAAAAUUGCUCAAGAUAUUUUAACAGCAAAAGAUAAUAAAUUACAACUAGCAAACGCUCAAAACAAGUUGAGAGAAUCUUUUAGAGCAUUGGAACAUGUCGAGGACAGGAAUACAUUCAUUCAAGUUGGAUGUGUACAUAUAGAAAUGCCUACAGAAGAAUGUAGAGAUAAAUUGAAACAAGAUAUAGCAGAAAUAGAAGAAGAAAUGAAUAAGUUACAAAAGACAAUGAAAGAAAAUACAAUGAAACUAAGAGAUUUAGAGCAUGAACCAAGAUUAGAAGGGUUUUCGUUAAAACCAAUGUCUGUUGCAGAAGCAAAAGCCUUGCAUAAAGGGUUUGGAUUAUUGUAAAAAUUAAUGCCAAAAAUAUGUAACAAUAAUUUAAUGUUAAAUAAAUAAUACAUAACAGUCAAAAUUUCACUCACUUUUUCUGCUUUUAACGCC